AUGCCCAGCAAAACCGGCCGAACAAACAUGGCCAGCUCCAACCCUCCUCCGUCGCCAACCUCGUCCAGCUACCUCGAGCAGACCGUGUCGAUACUGACGUCGGUCGCCGGCUACAUGCGUCUGCCCGCGUUGGCUUCCACGGGCAUCGCCGCCGUCCUCACCUCGCUGCUGUACUUUAAGCAAAAGGCAUUGAUUUAUCCGAGCCACAUUCCCGCAAACUCUCGCUCCGACGUUCCCAAACCUUCUGACUUUGGCAUCAAAAACUUCGAGGAGUUGUAUAUCCCAACCGACGAUGGCGAGAAGCUCUCGGCCUACUACAUCCGGGGCCCUCGUGGCCACAAGAACUCCAAUGUCACCAUUUUGAUGUUUCAUGGGAAUGCUGGGAACAUCGGCCACCGAUUACCCAUUGCUCGCAUGAUCAUCAACUAUAUUGGUUGCAAUGUGUUUAUGCUGGAGUAUAGAGGCUACGGCUCUUCGACCGGCGAGCCCGACGAGUCUGGUUUGAACAUUGACGCUCAAACGGGGCUGAACUAUCUUCGGCAGCGGGCCGAGACACGAGAUCACAAGCUCAUCGUCUACGGUCAGAGCCUGGGGGGUGCCGUCAGCAUCAAGCUGGUGGCCAAGAACCAGGACUCGGGUGCUAUUACAGGCCUGAUCCUCGAGAACACGUUUCUCUCCAUCCGGAAGCUUAUCCCUUCCGUUGUGCCUCCUGCCAAAUACCUCACCCUGCUAUGCCACCAGGUCUGGCCCAGCGAGUCGAUACUACCCAGUAUCAACAAGGUGCCGACCCUCUUCAUCAGUGGCUUGCAGGAUGAGAUCGUCCCACCACGGCACAUGAAGCAACUGUACGAGAUCUCCACGGCACCCACCAAGCGGUGGAAGCCCCUGCCCGGUGGUGACCACAACUCGAGCGUUCUCGAAGAAGGUUACUUCGAGGCCAUGUCAGAUUUCAUCGCCGAGGUGACAGGCGACUCACCACGGGAGAAGACACGCAUAUAG